AUGGCUCACCCCACGAUCAAACCUCCAUUACCCCCAGAGCCCCCGGACAAGAAUGAAGUUAUGGAAGUGGAAGCACCUCAGAGCUCCUACAAGGAUAUGCUCCUAGAUAAUCAACAGGGUAACCAAGAAACCUACUACGACAAUGACAAUCAGCUAGAACAGGCCAAAGGCAAGCAUAUUAAAGGCUCAAUCCCCCUGUCACCUGAAGAAAAGGAUCGUAUAUACGCUUCAUGGAGGUAUUCAGUCAUCAUAAAAGUUUUUAAGAAAAAGAUGCCUUACCAUUUACUACGCUCUAAGCUAGUUAACCUACGGAACCCAUCCGAAACGUUAAUCUUGUUUGACCUAGGAUGGGAUUUCUUCAUAGCUAAAUUUAGCUUAGAAGAGAGUAUGGUCAAGGCACUUCACUUAGGGCCAUGGUUUGUCUCAGGGCACUUCCUCUCAGUUAGGAAAUGGGAGCCAAAAUUUGUGCCCCAAGAAGCAACACUCACAUCCACUGCCAUCUGGACACGUUUGCCACAACUCCCAACAGAAUUCUAUGACAAGGCUAUUCUUGAAAAGGUGGGAUGGAAACUAGGUAAACUCCUAAAAAUCGACCAAUGCACCUCCUCUACUCUCAGAGGGAGAUAUGCACGCAUUUGUAUCCAAGUGCCACUAGAAACCCCAGUAGAAACCUCAGUCAUCAUAGGUGACCACAAACAAUCAGUGAUCUACGAAGGUGAAGGAACUUUAUGCACCAGCUGUGGCAGGAUAGGACACACAACCCUAAGGUGCACCUAUAAAAUGCAUUAUCCACCAGUCAAUGACACACAGGAUAACUCCUUCCACUCAGAUAAAUCACCAGAAGAAAGCGAAUGGAAAACAGUCACAUUCCCACGGAGGCGAUCACAGAGCUCCCCAAAACAACCACCCACCAAGGAGAACAAUCCUACAAAUUACCAGGCAAAGGAGGUACAGGUAAAGACGUUUGAAGCAGGUCCAGGCAUGGUACUCGAUUACCUUACCUGCAACCCUCCCAAAACGCAGUUGAAAAGACUACAACCGUUACCGUCACUUCUUCAAUAUCCCCAAUGUAAUGAGCAAGAUCUCCGCCCUAAAUCGAACGCCACACAGAACCCUUCCACGUCCCGAAUGUGA